AUGGUCAGGAACUUGUCGGACGCGAAGGAAGUCGCCAAAGUUGGAGUGACAUUGUGGCACACGUCAACCACCGAUUGGAUUAUCUUCGGCAUGCGUGUGAACGGAUCCACCACCAACAUCUCGGCACCGCUAAACGCCACGCCGCUUGACAACACCAUGCCGUUCUGGUGCACGAUGUAG